ACUCACACUCCAGCUGCGCUCUGUGCAGCGCUCAAGGCUCAAGGAGUCGAAAUUCGAAAGUAAACAUCGGCUGAUGAGAGUUGCGCACUCGCGCCACUCACAUGAAACAAGGGGAUAAGCCCGGCGUGAGAGCUCGCUGAAAGUUUGCUGCCUCCCCAUCGGGGAAUUUAGCAGUGAUGCCAACACUCAUCUCUGCGGUCGGAGACCUCCUGCUGCUCUCCGUGGGAAAUCGAGUGGUUGCGAUGAGGAAUCGCGGAUCCUCCAGCUCGAAAAUGGAGCUUCCUCUCCCGAGCCCGGAAAUAUGCGAGUCGAGGAGUGGGGCAGACUGCGCUGACGCGGUGGGACCUCGUCCAGAAAUGACGAGCUUACAUAUAUCGUCUUGUCAAAUGUACCUGUUGGCAACCACAUCCGACAAGCGUUUGAUCAUUUGGAAUCGACAGCAAGAAGAGACCUCGGGGGGAGCUGAAGGAAAGUGGCUCAUUCACUCAGUGAGGAAAACGCCGAGAAAAUGUAUCCAGACUUCCCUGAGUAAGCUGGCUCCAAGGAUGGUACUCGUUGCAGACAGAGCGGGUGACGUAUACGAAUACGACUUGGAGGACUGUGGUGCGAGUCCUCGACUUCUCAUGGGACGACUGUCGAUGUUGCUCGACAUGACGCUCACUGCCAGCAACGAAUUUCUGAUAAUCUGUGAUCGCGACGAGAAAAUCCAGGUCUCGAGCUAUCCUGACUGUUACGACAUCGUCGCCUUCUGUCUAGGACACCAACAAUUCGUCACCUCUAUAACAACCCUCGAUCACCACGGAGAUCGGCUAGUUUCGGUGGGAGGAGACGGAAAACUCAAGCUUUGGGACAUCCGCACGGGCACUUGUCUGGACUCUUUCGACUGCUGGGCUGACGCGGCUCAGGCGGAGCGCCUACGGCCCUUUGAGCAAUACAGCAGCGUGAAAGAUGGAAAGAAGACCCGACCGCCGCUCAAGAAGGUCCUGAACCGAGGCGAUCUGGUCGUUGUCAUCUACAGCAGAGUUCCGUACGUCCACAUACUGAGUUGUCGUGGAGGAGCAAGUUUCAAGAAGCUUGCCGGAAUCCAUACGGAUCUUCCAGUUCGGGACGCCACGAUAGAUCAAAGUUCGAGACUGUGGAUCCUGACUCCUGCGCCAUCCAUAUACCAGCUUGACGCUGCGGGCUCACAUUCCGAAGUUCAGCUGUCACCAGAUAUUGCAGAAUAUCUUAGGGAUCUGAUCGCUCCGCUCGCAGGUACAACGGAGAGCAACGCUGAGCUGGACACGCUGUACAAACAAUGGUUCGAUAACGUUGAGGAGUAUCUGCUCAGGAAGAAAAGCAGGCAAGAAGAGAAGAUACAGAAGAAGAAGAGAGCGAAUCGAAAUAAAAUUGCGGUCAAAUAG